AUAAAACCCUCUUCAGCACUUGUAUCAGUGCCUUUUGUUGAGAUGCUGUGCUAAAUUGAUAGCCAAAAAAAGACCAAUCAUCUUCUAAAAGGGCUUCUAAACAAGCGUGUUGUUUAAGCAACUGGCAGCAGGAGUGAGGAACAAGUGACGCAUCAAGCAGCUAUUCUUACCCAGCUCAAGGAGAAAGCAGGAUUGGAUCGACUUGGCUUCAAACACCAGCAAUCUGCCAUCACAUGUCAACCAAUAACUGAGUGUCUACUACACACCAUCCUGGCUAACUAUGAAUGCUAACCCAGUGAACCAGUCGGACUGCCCCGAGGUGAAGGUCCCCGUCCCUCUCUUCCUGGCCAUCGGCGUAGUGAGCCUAGCCGAGAACCUGCUGGUUGUGGUGGCCAUCAUAUGGAACAGGAACCUCCACUCGCCCAUGUACUGCUUCAUCUGCAGCCUGGCCGCCUUCAACACCAUCGCCAGCCUCUCCAAAACCUGGGAGACCCUGAUGAUUGUGUUCGCCGAUGUGGGGCAGCUGGAGAAGACAGGCUCCUCUGUGAUGAAGCUGGAUGAUGUGAUGGACUCCCUGCUUUGCAUGUCGUUCGUGGGCUCCAUUUUCAGUUUCCUGGCUAUUGCAGUGGACCGUUACAUCACCAUCUUCCAUGCACUUCGAUACCACAACGUCAUGACAAUGCGGCGCACUGGUGCCAUGUUGGGCAUCAUUUGGACAACAUGUGGGGUGGUGGCCGUGCUCAUGGUGAGAUUCUUCGACUCCAAGUUCAUCAUGAUCUGCUUCGUUGCCUUCUUUAUCAUCUCCUUGGCAAUCAUCUGCUCCCUCUACGUCUACAUGUUCAUGCUGGCACGCAUCCAUGCCAGGAAGAUCGCCGCUCUGCCCACCAGCAGUGGCGGGAGGAGUCGACAACAGCGUUGGCGGGGCAACAGCAUGAGAGGGGCCCUGACUCUCACCAUCCUGUUUGGGGCCAUCGUGGUGUGUUGGGCGCCGUUUUUCGUCCACCUUAUCAUUAUCAUGGUGUGCCCCAUGAACCCAUACUGCGAGUGUUACCGGUCGCUGUUCCAGCUACACGUGGUGCUGCUGAUGAGUCACUCUGUCGUCGACCCAGCCAUCUACGCCUUCCGCAUUGCUGAGCUCAGGCACACCUUCAGGAAGAUGCUGCUUUGUUCCCAAUGGAGGCGGUGCUCAUAGAGAAAAUCUAUUUACACUUUAUAUGUGCUUUACAUCCAUGGGGUUGCAUAUAUUUACACCUUGGAAUCAACAAUGCAUAGACCUGUACUGCCACUGAGCAGCUUUGGAUGGGUGAGGGCAAGGGCAGCAUUUAUCUUUAUGGCGGAACAAGCAUGUGUGUGUUUGCAUGCACCCCUGCAAAACAGAGUGUUACUGUGUAUGUUUUCAUUAUAUAACUGUCAUCUGCCCGUCUAACCACUCAUUUCUCUCAGGACUCGGAUGGGAUCUCAUUUCACCCCAAGUGUUAGUCUCCUCAAAUCCUGUUUAAAAUUACCCAUCUGCACCACAUUCACACAAGACACAUAUUUUCCAGAACCUGUUUUCCUCAAAGAACUUGUUAUCAUUUUUUCCACAUAGAUCAUGACAUUGUGAAAUCCAUCACUCACAGGAGCAGCACAGCUACUGAUGCAAACAAUAAUAUGAAAACAGCAGCUCACCAUUUUACCUUUUGCUUUUAUUCAGACACAUAAAUAAAAGAAUUCUUAUUAUUCAACAUGGCCAACACUAACAUCAGUCAUUUCAACUGAAGCUCACAUUUAUAUUUUUGCAUGCCGUCACUUAACCAUUAACUAACAUGAAAGAUGUCCCCCGCAGCUGUUAAUAUCGUGACACUGCACAUUAAACAUGGGACUGAGCAUGCAAUCAUGUGGGCUUCUCCUCGGCCCGAUGUCGUAUCACGUUCAGUGUUUUUGCUGCUGUUUCUGCGGGAACAAGAAGCAAGUACUUCACAAUCAACAAUAACAAUGAAUCACAGAUAAGUCAUGUUGGAGGUGAAUGUACAAUGUAAUUAUCACAGUUUUUUCUUCAUUAAGUAAACCUAUAGAGAAAAGAAAAUACAUAUAUCAUUGUGCUAACUGAAGUACUUUUCCAUGUCGAGCAUGAUGUACAUCUGUGUGCCUAUUCAUAUGCUUUUCUUUUUAAUAUCAUAAUUGCAAAGCACUUGUAAUAAACAUUAAUGGAAGCUACAGCAAGGCCUUUACAACACAAUACGUAAAAAACAUCCUUUUAAUACUGUUUGUUGUUUUCGUCUCCUAUCUCAUCGUCUAUAUGCAUAAACAAUGGUCUGAAGAUACAAAUAAUACAAAUGGAUUGCUCUUUUUUGCAAUAAAUAAAACUAUGUGACACUGGAGAAACAAAUGUUUAGCAUCUAUUACCAACAAAUGAUGCAUAAUGAAGAAUUUCAUAUGAAGAGCAGUUUCAGCAGAUGGUUGCAUUUCGUGAUAAAGUUCUGUCAAGCUUCUCAGUUGGGAGGUAGGCGCCACUAACACAAUCUUAUAGAGAGCGCUGUUAAGCUAUUUGUACAUUCAUUUUUUACAUUUCAAGUGUAACCUCAUGGCAUCUUUACAUAGUGUAAUGCAGAGCGUGGAUGAGGAGCUCAUCAGGGGGCACUCUGACAGAAUAGAGCAGCUGUAAAUAACACGAAGAUACAGGCAGACUCCACAUUCAAAACAGAGCUGAGGCGGCUGCUGAGCGCUGGCAGGUUUGAAGAAGCUGCUGGUUAACUGUGGAACUAAUGCAGCAGCCGGGGGGACGUUGGCUGCUGACAUGUUACAGUUCACAAACAAGGUAACACAUGUCUGAGGAGCCUCCAACAUGUGUUACCUUGUGGUUUCUCAGGUGAACACAUAAUCCACCAAAUGAGCAGUUCAUCUGUUAGGUACAUCAGGAUCAACAUGAUCAGCUCAAAAGUGAAUCCUCACAGCUAUUUUUUUUUUCCUUAAACCUCUGGCAGACUGUGAGCUUAGUGCUCCCUUUCUUCUUUUUCAUUUAUCAUAAGAUUGCCUUUGUAGUACUUGUUUGUUUAGAGUUCUUAUAUACUUGCUUUUUAACAGUGUGUUCGUGUAGUGGCUGCUAUGUCCUCUGUACUAAAUAACAAAGAGGUUUGUCUUCCAAAAUUACUUGUAAGAGCAUUUUUAGGACCCGAGCAGCAAGCGCACAUAGGCGUGGCAAAAUGGCUCAGAAACGUCCCCCUCUUUGCCAAGUUGUUCUAACUGACUUCCAAAUUUCACAUUUCUGAACACAUCUACAUGCCAAUAUUCAGUCAUAUUCACAGUAUCACCUACUGGAAACAGGAAGUAAGUCCUGUAUGAGAGUCAUCAACUGAAUUACACCAUAUGGUGUAAGCAUGACGCAACUACAGUUCAAGGGCCCGUUCAUCUUUAAUUUAAUCUGAUGCUCCUAUUAGCAGGACAGAAUAUUUGUCAGUGACCUCUAAACUGUUACAAAAGUACUUUGACAGUUUUCUGACCUGUCCAGUCCUUCCUGUGUGAACUCUGCCCGACCUUGUAAUUUUGUCUAUCCACCGUAACUACAUUGUUAAUUAUUUUGCAAAAAAAGUAUUAAAAUCACUGCAGCAGAACCAGAAA